AUGACGCUGUACACCAGCGCGAGCUACAACGCUUCGGCAGCCGAUUCGAGCACCAUCGACGGCGCCAAGAUCGCACCCAACGUGCCGGCACCCUCCAAGCGCCUCAAGUCCACCAUGCUUACUGGUCCGAUCGAGAAGCCCUGGACGGAGGAGAAAGACAAGCUCAAGCGUGCUGCGUACUGGAUUACGUACGCUGUGAUGCUUCUCGGAGUUGCCGGCUCGGUCGUGCGGUGCUAUUUUGGUUGGAAGCAGGUGCCACGCAUCACCAAGCCGCUCUGCCUCGUUCUCGACGACAACUUUGACACGUUCGACACCGAAAACGUUUGGACGCACGAGGUUGAUCUUGGCGGUUUUGGUAAUGGCGAGUUUGAGAUGGCGACCGCAUCGCCCAACAACUCCUUCGUUGAGGAUGGCCUGCUUUACCUCAUGCCCACCCUGACGUCCGACGUCAUCGGCACGAGCGCGAUUUUCGACGGCUACACCUACAACCUCACCGGCUGCACGAACGUCAACCAGACCGCUUGUGGUGCGGUAUCUAACCACACUGCGGGCACGGUAAUCAACCCGGUCAUGUCUGCGCGCAUCACCACCCAGAAGACGCGUUCCAUUCGCUUCGGACGCGUCGAAGUGCGCGCGAAGAACCCGAAGGGCGACUGGCUCUGGCCCGCCAUCUGGAUGCUGCCGAAAGACAACACGUACGGGCCGUGGCCGAUGUCCGGCGAGAUUGACCUCAUGGAAUCGCGCGGCAACGGGCCCAAGUACAAGAACCAGGGUAACAACUAUGUUCGCGGGUCACUAAACUGGGGGCCGACGACGUGGAUCAACGGCAUGUGGCGCACCUCUGGCUUCUGGACUGAGCGCCGCAAGUCGUACGACGACGGAUUCCACACGUACGUGCUCGAGUGGACGGAGGACUUCAUCCGCAUCUACGUCGACACGCGUCUUCACCACAUGCUGGACUUGCGCUUCAAUGAGCCGUUCUUCAAGCGUGGCAAGUUCCCUUCGACCAUCACGAACGGCACGCAACAGAUUGUGCUUGAGAAUCCUUGGGUCAACGGCGUCACCGUGCCCAAUGCCGCGCCUUUCGAUCAACAAUUCUACUUGAUCAUGGACGUCGCUGUCGGCGGCACCAACGGCUGGUUCCCCGAUAACGUCGGCGACAAGCCUUGGUUGGACGGCUCCAACAACGCAAUGCGCGACUUCGCAUCAUCCCAGAGCGAGUGGUACAAGACAUGGCCACAGGGCAGCAACGUCAAGGAUCGCGCGUUGGUGGUCGACUACGUGAAGAUGUGGGAGGAGUGCUAA